AUGGCAUUUGGCCUGCUCAGCGGGUUCGCUCGCACUUCUGCCGUCCUCGGUGUUGGCCUCGGCCUUUCCUUCUCCCUGCACCCAUUGUCGCCCUUCCGCGCCUCUCCCAUGCAGUGUCAAUACGCAGCUCCCUACUCACGUCUCGAUACCCAGAACCCCACCGGGUCCGGCUGGACUCUCGACAGCAAUGACCCUGUCAUUGCGAAGCAAGGGAAGACAAGCCCCAGCACGGCGUCGGGGAUUUUGACCGCGUCCAAUAUGCGCCAGGUGAGCCUGGGUAGUGUGCUUGGUCUCGUGGUGGGUGUCGGAUUGCGGGCGUUUUCUCGCUCUCUGGUUGUUUUGCUAGGAAUGGGAAUUGUCUUGGUUGAGUAUGCUGCUUCUAAAGGAUACAACCUUCUUCCGGUCCGGACGAUGCAGAAAUAUUUCAAGAAGGUGGAUCUCCAAAAGGCCAUGACGUCGAAUAUGCCGCUCAAGAUGAGCUUCGGUGCAACAAUGGCUCUGGCUGCGUUUGCACAGUUCUAG